AAUCAACAUAAAGUGUUCUCUUUCUCUCUCUCUCUCUCUAUAUAUAUAUAUAUAUAUAUAUGUAUAUAUAGCAUCAAACCAAACAACACAAAGAGGAACUUAUUGUCUUAAAUUUACAAGUGAAUAUUGCAACGAUCUCUUCUGUUCCUGGUCAAGAACAUGCUGCGUCUCUUCCUGUCCUAAGUUUUCUCACAUUCUAUGUCGUAUGUACCAGUCGUUAUUGUCAUGGAUGAACAAGCGACGGACAGAAUCAGCGGUUUACCGGACGAAAUACUUCUCCGGAUCAUUUCGUUUCUUCCCUUCGAAUCUUUGAUACAUACCAUUCUUCUGUCGAGGAGAUGGAGAUUGUUAUGGAACCAAACUGAUCUGGUUCUUCACGGAAACAAAGAAGACAUUUCAGGUGCGGUUUCAAAUUUUCUUGCGGGUUUUGAUGAGAAUGAUCCCAUGAGGAACACUCGAAAGCUGUGUUUCCAUUUCAAUGGAGGGCACGAAACCCUAGUGUCCAUCUUUGCACCUGGCGAGGUGCUUCACUUGAAAUUCUCUUCAGAAGAACCAGAAGGGAUCGGUCUCAGAAGAUUCAGCUGGAAGUUGGAGCUGAGUUCUCAUUUUCAAAGAGAUUCCGCUUUCUUUGUUAGAUCCCUCAACUUAUUCUCUGUAACUCAUCUGACUAGUGAUGUGAUCUCAUCCAUUUUCUCGAACUCUCAUCUGCUCGAAAGCCUGAAAAUCGUUAGGUGUCUCGGGAUGACUUCUCUUCGCGUAGAUUCAACCGUCAAGCUCGUUCACUUGACGGUCCUCGACUGUCCUCAGCUUCAGUCUCUUGAGAUCGUCUCGUUCAAGCUGAAAACCCUAAGGUUUCGGGGAUUUUUCCCGGUUUUUUGCAUCACGUAUCAUUUCAACCUGACCGACGCCAUGUUCGAUACGAGACAGGGGCUCAGCUGUAACGUCCCAGAAAGCUUUCCGUUCGAUCCUGUUCUUCUAACCAUCAAGAAUUCAGAAGUCCUCACGCUCAGCAAAUGGAUCUUCGAGGCGUUUAUCUGCCCGUCUUUAUCCAUGUUCCGAGCAGAUUUCCAGUUAUAUAGAUUGAAGGAGUUAUGGUGGAUCGAUAGUUCGCUGCACCGGGAAAACAUCGAUUCUCUAAUCUCCUUUCUUAAGCUCUGUCCUUCCCUCGAGCGCCUCUUUGUUACCAUUGAUCCGGGAAGCUAUUGCGUGAACGAAUCUGCCGCUUACUCGAAACUAAUUGGUCAAAGGACGAGACUGGAAAAUCUUGAACUGGUCAGAUUAGAAGGAUGCAUAAACCAUGACAGCGAUAUGUUAUCUCUGUCUGAAGCUUUGCAAGAAAUAGUGACGACGGAGAUAGUCACGGUGUCUUCAUCGUCGGUGAAGAAAUCUCAUCUGAAUUCCAGCAAGCGUCGUUAUGUGUUCGUCGAGGGAGAAGAGGCAAGAGAUUUAUGUAAAAAGCAUCCCCACAUGGGUCUUUGAAAUCUGUCUUUUACUCUUUCAGACAGGUUUUUGCAAGGUGAAAGUGAUGGUUCUGUUUCUUGGAUGACAAGGAACUUAUUCUCCAGUUAAAAGGAUUCGUGUCUCUCUCUAGAUUGAUGUGUUAGAUCAUAGAUAGUUUUAGUUUAUAUUAUAACAAAGAUACGGUGUGAUACUGUAAAUUUUAUUGGUGAAAUUUGGAGGAAAAAAAAUAAAUUAAUACGUUUCUUCUUGCUUGUGGAAAUUAAAUAUUGCAUUUUUUUAUUCAAAUAAGCAAUUAUACUCGUAAUGUCAUUUGUAUAGAGAGAUCUACUCUCUCUCUCUCUCUCUCUCUCUCUAUAUAUAUAUAUAUAUAUAUAUAUAUAUAGGCAACGCCA